GUUUUACGGGCUUUGUUUACCCUGGUUCUCAACCAGAUAAACACGAUGCUAAUCAUUCCCUCCUGUGUACUGUGUAGUAUUGCAGGGUCCUUGGUCGACGCCGCAUCUUUAUACCAGGAAAGAACAGGACUUUCCUGGUGCCUCAACGUACCAGUUCUCUCAUACCGUGGCGUCGUGUAAAGAUCAAUUCAGGGGUUGAUAAAUAUCUUGGACUCCGCUGCUUCGACGGUUACAGUGACUCCACGUGACCUCCAUUUCUCACCCAUCUCGGCGCCUGCCGCGCAGUGUUGCGCCCUUCACGAGCCGAUUAGUCUGUAUCAUAGAAGUGAUAUCUGUCACUCAGUAUGGGUACUGCUGGCAUGGCAUGCCAAUGAUACACGAAACCGCAACUGACCUUGUUGUUAUGAGGCCGGCAAAUCGAACUCUAUAUCCGCAUACGAGCGACUUCUCCGCCUCGAGAUCCGAAUCAAACAUCUCCUUCUGGAGAGAGAGGGAUUCCUCGGCUGUUCUCUGCUCACGACAUCACAUCAUCCCCUUGACUAAUCCAAAACGCAGCGUAUCAUGUCCCAUAGCAGAAUAUAAAGACUCUAGAAACCUUCGCCUGCCCUGCAACUUGCUUCAGGCAAUCACUUCAAGUUCAGCCUAAAGAGCCCUGAAACACUAUACUUGUAUUUCCUUUUCUACCAUCAUCCUUUUCUAAACCAAAUCAGAACAAGAGUCGUGCUCAUGGCAGCGGCGCAGACUCAAGCUCUGUAUCAAUCCCGCCUGCUCGUCCACCAUAUGACCGAGACUUCUCUGGGAUCUCAAAUCCACAGCUAUGUCAACGAUGGUGGGCCUGACAAACCUAUACUGACAUUGAUCCACGGUUAUCCCCAGUCAGCGUACAUUUUCCGACAUGUUGCAUCACCUCUAUGCCAUAAAGUCUCUCUAUUCGUGCCUGAACUCCCAGGAUAUGGCAUCUCCACGCCUAUCGAGGACAGAUCACGCAACGACAAACGUUCCGUCGGCACUGCUCUUCUCGAAGCGCUAUCGAAAGUCUUCAACACAACCGCCACCUCUUCAUCUUCCCCAAGACGCAUCAUCCUAGGCGGCCACGACAGGGGCGCCCGCAUCGCCCACCGUCUCGCCGUUGACUUCUCCCAUCCACCCUCGGACUCUUCUUCGUCUCUGUUCCAAACCCUCAAUUUAACAGUCAUCGGCACAGUUCUAAUGGACAUCAUCCCCACCCUGAGUCAAUGGCAGGCCUUUUCGGACCCCAAAACAGUGACGGGCUACUUCCACUGGCCACUGCUGGCCAACGCCGACCUCGCCACCGCCAUGAUCACCGCAUAUUGGGGUGGACAUUGGUGCCGGGAGGCGCUCAAGCGGAUUGCAGGGUCAAAUCCACAGUCCUGGGAUCGGAUCGCGUCCAACAACGCUCUCGACAUCUACGGCGUCCUCUUCGCCAAGCGCGACACCAUCUACUAUUCCAGUCUGGACUACGAGGCCGGCGCGACGACGGACGUUACGCAGCAGGAGGAGGACCAGCGAGCCGGUCGCAAGAUUGAGGUGCCGCUGCUCGUCUUGUAUUCCAAGGCCAAGCUGGGCGCGACGGUCGAUGUAGAGGCCGUUUGGAGGGAUUGGAUUCAGCCGCCGCCUGAAGGGUCUGGGUCUGAGUCCAACCACUUCUAUGAGGCUUACGGCGUGGGAGACGGGUACGGGCAUUAUUUGCCCGAGGAGGCGUAUGACAUUGUGGGCCAGAAGAUUGCCGAAUUUUUGAAAAAGGUCGCGUGAGAGACUCAAACUCGCGCAAUGAACACAGAGCAUCUUCUGAGGACUGGAUUUCCCCUAAUCCUACUCUGGGUACUGUACUCAUUGGGUGUCUAGAGUGCUAGGGUGUUAUGUACCUCAGGUAGGUUGUUAGUACCUACAGUGCCUAGGUAGGUAGAUAUAUCUCACAAUGAUGCCGCUACAAAAACGAAGUGGUAAGUGAGUAUGCACAAAGCAAAACUUGAAUGAAUUCUACUACGGCAACUGUUCCAACACCUUGGCUACCGCAAAUGCCUUUUCCUCCCCAAACCGACCCGUCACAAUCUGCACGUUGAUCGGCAUGUUCUG